AUGUCGGCCCACACCGCGCAGAACGACCGUUCCCCAAUCAUCAUCCUCACCGGUGCCUCCCGCGGGCUCGGUCUCUCGACCCUCCAGAUCCUGCUCUCUCGGUACAAUGCCCGAGUGACCACGCUCUCGCGCUCCACGCCGCCAGACUUUCAGGCCGUGGUCGAGAAAUACGGAGACGACCGGGUUCUGGCUAUACAGGGGGAUGUAGGGGAUCAAGCGACGAAUGCUGAGGUGGUGAAGCGGACAGUGGAAAAGUGGGGCGGGGUGGAUGGCCUGGUGCUCAAUGCAGGGGGUCUGGAGCCGCUCGGCAGAAUAGCGGACCUGGAUCUAUCAGUUCUCACGACAUGCAGCAAUACCAACCUCCAUUCUGCUCUCUAUAUCAUACAGCCUGCUCUGCCCUAUCUUCGAAAAGGACGAGGUGCAGAUGGAGCUAAAGGACGUAUCGUCCUGACUUCUUCCGGCGCGUCGAUGACCGGCUACGUCGGGUGGGGAUUGUAUUGCAUGGCCAAGUCCGGCCUGAACGCCCUGGCGAGGGUGUUAGCGAAUGAGGAGAAGGAGGCUGGGGUAGCUGUAUGGGCUGUGAGACCUGGUGUGAUCAAUACGGAUAUGCAGUCCUUAUUGCGAGAUAAAGGUCCAGGCGUGAUGGACCCAACGCAACUACAGAAGUUCCAGGACAUGUACGACAAUGGACAGCUGUUACCCCCGGAUGAGCCUGGAGCGGUCCUGGCAGGCCUGGCGGUGAAGGGGCCCAUCGAGCUGACUGGAGAGUAUAUCGAAUGGAAGGACGACCGCCUGAGCCAUCUCCGGCUGUGA